UUAGUGACACUGUUUGUCUACGUCAUCAUUGUCAUCUUGCGCACAGUCGUCUAUUUUGUGCACUCUACAGUAUCAAACAAUCGCCUGUUAGCUAUAGCUGGCUAUUUGUAUGGCCUGAACACUAUGUUCCUAACACUYAGAGUGUUUGGACACAUAAUGGAGUCCUCGAAAAAUACAGGCAGGAUUCAAAUCGCCUUAUUUCAGAUUAUUGGUGCUGUUAUUGCUAUCUUYGGUCAGUUUGUAGCUACAUUGUUAGCCUUUUCCUUUGCAAUUACCAAAGUCUACGUAGUUGAAAUCUCGUACAAAGCAAUGGAUAACUCAACUGCCCAUGGGUUUUGUGAAAAUAAUGAAGACGGAAUGCCAUGCUGGUGGCGGUCACUGCUACAUCUCGUUUGGUCCCUUCUCGGCAUUGCAGAUUUAGACCCCUUGAAGUCAUCAGAUGGCCCUUCCAAUAUACUUGCCCAACUCCUGUAUGGCUUAUUUCUCAUAAUGGCGGUAGUGAUGAUGAUGAACAUGAUGAUUGCUUUGCUGUCGAACACAUAUCAGCACGUCGAGGUAUAGUCUCCUCUCGCAGUCGCUAUG